UUACAUGCAAUUGUGUAAUAACAAAACGAUCUUAUCCAGAUAAAUCUAUCUAAUCAUUUUAAUUAAAUAAAAAUGUUUAGUCAUAAAUAAACAGCACAGAACCUGAUUUACUACGUUAGAAAAAUAAUUCACAAUCAUCUAGUAAUCUAAUCAUUUUUUCAAGGAUAAAAAAUUAAAACAUUGUGCAAGUAUUGAAGUAGUGCACCAAAUAAAAGGGUGCGACGUGUACAACAGAUUCAAGAACAAUGAGUAAUAGCGAACUAAGGCGAAGGAAAUUAAAAGAACCUAGCGAAAGAGGGAAUGCAAGAAAACGGAAAGCGAAAGGGGUUCGUUCGAGUUCAAUCCAGACUUCAUUACUAUGUUUAAUCAUAAGUGGAACAUUGUUAACCCUGUUUCUAGUUCUAUAUACAGACCAAAUUCCAUGGUAUGCUGGAAAUCGGCAUUUGGACCAAUUAGCAAAGCAAUUUUUAGGAUAUCAUAAGCCAGUAUAUGCAGUAGUUAUAGAUGCAGGAAGUACAGGCUCGAGGGUAUUAGCAUACACAUUCCAUGAAUCAUAUUUAGGUGGGUAUUUGGUACUGGACAAAGAAUUGUUUGAAUAUAACAAGCCCGGACUUUCAUCUUUUGCCAAAGAGCCCCAAAAGGGUGUGGAAAAAAUUGCGGAUCUUUUAGAAAAGGCAAAAAAAGAAAUACCCAAAGAGUAUUGGAACCAAACUCCGCUGAUUCUAAAAGCCACGGCAGGUUUAAGACUGUUGCCUGCCGAACAAGCCGACAACUUGCUAGAUGCAGUAAGAAAUCUGUUUAAAAAAACACCGUUUUUAACCAACGACAAAUCCAUCGAAAUAAUGGAUGGAACAGACGAAGGAAUAUUUUCUUGGUUUACAGUAAACUUCCUUCUUAACAAAAUAAAUUUAAAUCCAGCCCAAACUGUGGCGGCCUUGGAUUUGGGAGGCGGGUCGACUCAGGUGACGUUUUCGGCUGUCACUCCGUCUAGUUUUAAAGAUAAAGAAAAUAUACACGAAGCGUUGGCCCCUAGCGGCCCUAUACCCGUAUUUACUCACAGUUAUCUAGGAUUGGGACUGAUGGCGGCUAGGAAAGCUGUGAUAUCCUAUCAAAAUGCCGAUACGUUUAAUGUAACCUGUGAAUGUGUGAAUCCCGUCGUUCGUAAUAAGAAGUUUCAUUAUCAUGGUAAGCUAUGCCAUCUAUUUUUUCGAUAUUUAAACAUACCGCAAUGUACGAUUAUAAUGUGCACUGACUAUUUUCGGCCCAGGUUGUUUAAAUAA